CAGUAGACUAUCCGUACUAUUAAUUUUCAAUUUUUCAAACACGUGCGUAUUAUUAUUUAUCACAAAAUAAUAUACAGUGGUUCGUGAGUCCUAGCAAUACUUUAAUUUAAGUUAGCCAAUCCUCAAGACUGACUCGAUAUGCAUUUAUCAGACGACGAACACGAUUUGAGCGACGAUUCUCACGCAGAAGAGUCCAGCGACGACGAAGUAGGUGCCAAAAGAAAGCUCCCACAACCCACGACUCCUUUAAAAAAAGUUAAGUAUGAAAACAUAACCUCCAAACCAAGCAAGAAGUCCAAAAACGACUUAUAUAAAGCCCCCACGGUCGAGGAAUUAAACGAACUGAAGGAAACCCAGAACUUGUACAACAACAACCUAUUCAGACUGCAAAUCGAAGAAUUAAUUAAAGAAGUGAAAAUUAAACCUAAACACCGAAAAACGUUUACAGCAUGGUUUGACCAGUUUCAAACCCUAUUAACAAAUUUGCCGGAAUAUAACAUCACCUUGUCUGAUAUCAAACUAAAGAACAAGAAAAAGGAAACCGACAAAAGCAAAUUGGUUAAUUUUAUCGCCAACAAGUCACUCGAGUGUGAUCAAGAUUUCAUUGUCAAGUUGAUCAAACCAGAACGUAGCGAAAUCGUGGGUUUAGACAGAGUUAGUGCCCUCCCAGGCCCCAAACUGCACGUCGACGUUAACCUAAAAAUGCCCAGAGACUGUUUCAACGUCAAAGACUACCUCAACAACAGAUAUUUUGUCAAGAGAUACUAUUAUCUGGGGUACGUUUUCUAUUAUUUGAAAAAGCAAGACUUGGGGGGCGAAAUUACGUGGUGCUUCCACAACGACAACGAGCUACUUCCUGUUGUAAAAGUUGCUUUGGGUGAGAAAAUCACGAUUAAAAUUUUUGCAACGCCCUGUGACAAUUAUUUCAAAGUAUCGCGAUGUGGCGCGGACAUUAACAACGUUAAAAUCAACACUUUUACGACAGAUGAAGUCACAGAAAGCGCGACUUUAUUUUACAACGCUUCGCUAGCGCACGAUUUGACUCUAACCAUAAACCAAAAUUUUGUACAAGAGAGUUUAUCUGAACUACCAAAUGCGCAAGAAGCGAUCAAACUAAUUUAUAUUUGGCUGGUCCAAAGAGGUUUGCAGUCGGGUUUAGGCGCCUUUACUGAGGACCUAAUUGUCUACUUUGUUGUAUAUUUAGUAACGAAAAAAAGAAUUAACAAACAUAUGAGUUCAUACCAAAUUAUUAGAAACUUCUGGAAUUUUAUAACUGAAACUGACUUAACUCAAAAUCCGAUUAGUCUCAACGACGAUUUAAAAACUGACGUUUUGGACACGUUUCAAGCGAAUUUCGAUGUCGUUUUUCUGGAUAAAACCGGCUUUUAUAAUGUUGCGGCGUUUUUGGACGUCAACGUUUAUAGAAAAAUUAAAACUGAGUGUGGGUUGGCGUUUAAAUUGUUGGAUGACGGGGGAAUUAAUUCUUUUCAUUCGUUGUUCAUCACGAAGUUGCCUCUGGAGCUCCAGUAUGACUUAAUUCUGACUCUGAAAAGCGAUUCGAAUUUUGAAAAUAUUCUGAGUGGGAUGGAUCCAGACGUUAGGACGAAGUUCCUAGGGUUUUUUAACCUCUUUGUUACUAAAAAUAUAUCCCAUGUUUUACACAGAGGUUUCAAUAAACGGGCUUCUCUCAUUGUGCCGCUUGUGGCUGAAAAUCAAAAAUCCAAAUUGUUGUUUGGUAUCAAUUUGGAUCCGAGUGACGCUUUUAGUAUUUUGGAACGAGGACCAGCUCUUAAUGAUCCAGAAGAGAAGGAAUUUAAGGAGUUUUGGGGCGACUUGACUAGUGAUCGCAGGUUUAAAGACGGCUCAGUGUGCGUCGCUGUCUACUUUAAAACCGAAACGGUGAAAGAAAGGCGGGGAAUCGUCACAACUAUAGCAGACAGGGUUGCCACCCGAAACCUAGGUCUCCAAUAUAGCUUACACUACAACGACUUUGAAGACUUAUUGGUCAAUAAAAAAGUAGUGGCGGCUUAUCCAAUGGGAACCAACGAAGAAUGUUGCUUGAAAGCGAUUUCCGCCGGGGACCAACUAGGAAAAAAAUUGAGGGGGUUAGAAAUGCCGCUAUCCAUAACAGGGGUUCAAGGGAUUUCAGACACAGUCAGUAUGACAGAAGUAUUCCCUCCAAUUUCCACCAAUUACAGAUGCGGCAAUAAAAUCACCACCACGCUAGAAAACAACAUAAUUAUCAAUGACAAAAAAGACAAAGUUGGUGUCAUUCCAAGAUACAUAAAACCGAUAGAGUACGUCCUCCAAUUAGAACACAGCUCAAAAUGGCCGAAAAACUUGACCACCCUCCGCCACAUGAAAACCGCCUUCUACUUAGAAAUCUCCAAACUCUUGUCAAAAAAACACAAACUAAUUACAAGCGUAAAACCCGACCACUUGGACGUGCUUUAUGAAGGCUACGUCUUCCGGUACCGCCUCUUCCUCCCCAGGGAGGUCGGUCUUUUGAAAAAAGAGUCCACCAAUAACGGCACGACGCUCUACAAAGACACGCCCGAGAGUCGCCAAUUCGAGGUUCAGUUCAACAUUCUCCCUAAAUUAACCGGGGCUUUGAAAGGUCUGCAGUCCCAAUUCCCGAGCUUUGGCCCCGCCACUGCUCUAAUCAAGCGGUGGCUAAGGUCACAACUCAUCGACUGUCACCACUUCCCGGACCACGUCAUCAACUUACUCAGCGCCUCGUUGUAUUUGAACCAAUCGGCGUUCAGCAUUCCCAAUACCCCACAAAUCGGGUUUUUAAGAUUCCUCAAGUUCUUUACAGAGUUACAAUGGCAGAUACAACCAGUGGUGGCUAAUUUUAACGACGAAAUUACAAAGGAAACUUUAGCCGAAAUUGACUCCAAACUCCUACAGAACCGGGACGCCUACCCGAAUUUGUUUGUAGCGACGGCGUACGAUGGGUGCGAGUCGGUGUUCACGAAAGUGGCGCCCUCUAAGGAGGUUUUAAGGCGGGUUAAGCAACUAGCAGGGGAGACUUUAAAUCAUUUUAGUAAGAUUGUAAGGGAUGACAGUUUUAUAAGUAUCAAAAGCUUGUUUAUUCCGAAUUUGGGUGGCUAUGAUGUUGUUAUACACCUGCGCCCCCUUUUGAACCCCGUCAGGCACGAACAAGUGAUUGUGGACGAGUUAGAAGGACAGGUUGUUUUGAAAGCUUUUGAUGUCAAGGAAGCCACAAAAAUUCCAGUUGUUGAUUUUAAUCCUGUUGAGUGUUAUUUGAAAGAGUUGAGGAACGACUAUGGAGAGUUUGCGAAUUUUUUCCAUGAUAGCUACGGCGGAAACGUGAUUGGGGUUUUGUGGGUACCCAAAGCUGUGGAAAGUCGGGAUUUCAAGGUUUGUUACGUUGGAGGGAGGAAAUUGAAAGACGGAAAGUUGGUUUUAAACAUAGAUGCCUUGAUUGAAGAUUUUUAUAUUUUAGGAAAAGGUUUAGUUAAGUCAAUUGACAAAAUAAAGUAAAAGUGAAAGCGC